AUGCAGACGCUUUCCUUCCCAGAGACAGGGGAAAGAUUUCAAGUUACUGAAGUGAUGCAGCGUUCCAACGAUAUAAUGGUAAUGAAAGUCAUUAAUAAAAACAAAACAGAAUUCCUUUGCAAGGCAUUUAAUAAAACAAAAUUAGAGCAAACUAACUCCUACGAUAAUUUUGUUAAACGCCUGACAAUCAUUAAGCAGCUAAAUCAUCCGAACAUUCCUCGCGUUAUCAGUAUUCAAGAAUUUGGAAAUUAUAUAUUUAUUUUCUUUGAAGCAAUUCAUUUUGUUACCGCACAAGAAUAUCUAUGUUCAAAUGGAAACAUGACCCCAGAAGAAAUCCUAUCGAUUCUUACUCAACUUCUCUCAGUUAUAAAAUUUACUCACAAUCUUGGUCUUUACCAUGGCUUCAUAACGCUUGAUAAUAUAAUGUUUGAUAAGGAUAUGGUCCCGCAACUUGCUAAUUUCCAUCUCGGAGCUAAUAUUAAUCAAACUGCUUUUGAAUCAAUUUCAGAGUACGUCAACUAUACUACUCCUGAAGAAUUAAAAGGAUCUUCAGUUGAUUAUUUUGCUACCGAUAUCUGGCGCUUAGGAGUUUGCGUUUAUACUUUAUUAACCGGAUCUUUUCCUUUUUCGGAUACUAAUAGGGCCAAAUUAUGCCAAAGCAUUAUGAAGAAUGAGCCUGAUUUCAAAAAUAUUCCGCCAACAAUAAGUGGCCGAAUUAGAUUAAUGUUAAUGAAAGAUCCGAAAGAACGUCCAUCAGCUUCCCAACUCUUAUCUCAGAACAUAGAUCACAGAAUUGUUUCUGUUGGGUUGAAACAAGCAACAACUACUGCUGGGCAUUUGUUACGGUCAAUUCAAUCUCAGUAUAAGAUUUCCGAGAUUACAAAAGCUACUACAGUGAACUUUAGGCACUGUAUGCAUCCAACAUAUUGUGAUCUGCCAAAAAUUGAACCAAAAUAA